AUGUCGCUUCAAACUGAGGUCCGCGAAAUCAGAGCAUACUACGAGCAAUUAUUGCAGGCAAAGGAUGCCCAGAACGAGGCCUUGAAGGCUCAGGUUACCGCCCAAGAACUUCAAGCAAAAGUACAAACAGCGCGAAUAUCCGCUUUGGAGGCCGCGGUCAAACAUGCGCGUUUGGAUUCACAAGAUGAGAAUCCGCCAUUCAUCAGAAGUCUGACACCGGAGCCGUCUGAGGUCCGUCUACAAGCAAAUACCGGGUCAUCGCUUAGUACAACGACCCGUGUAUUUAAUACGUCCGCCACGGUUGCGCGUCCGUCUGCCGCUGCUGUCAGCGCCAAUGGCACGGUCGCUGUGGAUGACGAUAAAGAUGUGCCGGGAUCGUCAUCCAAUGCGACUCCGACUGCGCAGCGUAAUAGGAAGCGCUUGAGGAAGCGCAGUCAUCAAAACAUACCUUCGGAUGCAAGACUUUCGGAGUCUCUGCGCAAGAAGCUUAAGCUCAUCCCAUUUGUGGAGAGCGGCCCACAUCGACAAGUUAAACAGCCUCCUGCAUCGAGUCCUGCCUCACCAGUUGGCCUUCUGCCUUCUCCGCACGGUGCGGCCGAAGAAAGUCAAGAGAGGACACUGUCGGUAAUUAACCAUCCCGUUCAGCAAUCCUCUGGUCCUGGCGUGCCUUCGGGCAGUUCCACCACUGCAGCUCUCCUGAAACAUAAGGACGUUUCUGGUGGAGAAGAAAAAAUAGCUAUAUCUACUGUCGAUGCCGGGAUCGAAGGACAGGAGGAAAUAAAAGAGGAUGAUGUAGACCAUCCUUUUGAUGCCCAAGAGAUCGAUGUAGUUAUCAAGCUCGAGCCCCAAUGGAUUCCAGUCAAAGUUAAACGUGGCCACCACAUGCUGAAUGCACGCAAUGUCCAAGGUCGCCUGCAGGCAAUUCACUUGACAGUCUAUCCGGUGACGCUGGACCCAUUCAUCCGCAACAAGGUUGCAAGGCGUGGGUUUUUUGACAAACACUUUGGAGGAGAUCAGCACCGCUUCUGCACCUCACCGGACCAAGCCAAGUUCAAUCAUGGCUACCGUAACUUCAUGUUCCCUGAUCUUUUAAUGAAUCCUCACAUUCCUCAACGGCCAGGAGAGCCAGGGUUGUUGUGCAGAGCAACAACUGAAAAGGAAUGGCUACCUGGCGAUGUUAAAGUGAUUAUUGGGCUUGGCGAUGCCAAAUAUUUAUACGUCGGAGAGUAUGUGUUGUCUCCAGCAGCUCCGCUUUCAAAGCAGGAGUUUCGAGACAUGCCUAUCAGGAUGAAAUGGUUAUGGGCCGAAUAUGUUUUUACAAGCAAGAAUGUACGCGUGCGGGUCAUUCUCCGCCGCCAAAAUGACCACCGCGAACCACCACCCGCAGAGGUCGAACGGGCAGUGAAAGACAAGGAGAACGACUACACAGACGUCACUCACGAUGAGAUCAUACAGGCAUUCGAGAGAGGCGAUGAAACGAUCCAUAUCUGGGGGCUGAAAUGUGUUGGGUAUGAUGAGCGUUUCCAGCGCGAAAUUGCGCGCAAGCUAUCGUAG